UAUCUAAAAUAUAAAACAGUAAAAACAUAAAUGUUGAAACCUGCCUGCUUGUUUCUUUUCUACUUUAUGUCCAACAUGAGUAACAAAUAGCGUGUUAUGAGGUUAUAAAAGAAGGACCAUGUUUGAAUUUAAAUGUGUUUAUGUGUUUUGCUGCAGCUGAUGAUGCUAGCAGCGCUAACUCUGGCCUCUCUGGGCCUCUUGGCGCGGGCGUCGGACCUCUGCCCGCCCGCCUGCCGCUGCUUCGACAGCCUGACCACGGCUGACUGCCGGGACAAAGGCCUGACCCAGAUACCGCCGCUGCCAGUCGGAACGCUGAAGCUCUUCAUCUUGAACAACAAGAUCGAGGAAAUACCCGAGAACGGGCUGAAUGGGCUGCAGGUUCUGGACCUGACCCAGAACCAGCUAAGUGCCUCCCUGAACCUGGUUUGGCCCGCUAUGACCAACCUGACCAAGCUGCUGCUGCGCGACAACAACCUGGCGUCUCUGCUUCCGGCCCAGUUCCUGAACUGCCCCGCCCUCGUCUUCUUGGACCUGAGCAAGAACCACAUCCAGUAUCUGACGCCCAGGUUCCUCUAUGGCUUGGCCAAUCUGAAGACGCUGCUCCUGAGCCACAACCAGAUCGAGACGUUGCAGACGGAGGUUCUGGACAACGUCGUCGGCCUCACAGAGCUCCACCUGAACUUCAACAGGUUGAGGGAAAUAGAGAGCGGCGUCUUCAGGAGCUCCGCCAUGUUGAGAAAGUUGGAUUUGUCCAACAACCGGAUAGUAAAAGUGGAGGAUGGGAGUUUCAGAGGAGCGGCUGGUUUGAAACAUCUGGAUCUGAGUGGAAACCAGCUGGUCACCAUUCCAGCCGAUUCCUUCUCCUCUCUGACUGCACUGGAUCAUCUCUAUUUGACCAGCAACAACCUGACGGAUCUGUCGGACAGAUCGCUAUCUGGCCUCAACAACCUGACUGAUCUGGAUCUGAGUCGGAACCAGCUCUCCUCUCUCCCAAACGACGUCUUCAAAGACCUGGCCAAGCUCAGGUUUCUGGAUCUCUUCAGGAACCGACUGACAGAACUCCCGCCGGAUGUUUUCAGGAGUUUGAACAACCUGUUGGAUCUGCAGCUGGACAGAAACCAGAUCUCAACGCUGCCGCUGGAGGUUUUUGCCACGUCGCACAAACUUCAAGACCUGCAACUGUCUCACAACCACAUCCUGGAGCUCCACCCUGGUCUGUUCGCCAACAUGCCGUCUCUGCAGAACCUUCAGCUGGCCCACAACGCCCUGACGCUGCUUCCGGAGGGCCUUUUCCACAAACUGCAGGCGCUCAAAGAGCUUCACCUGCAAUACAACCGCAUCGCUUUCCUGCACCAGUCAGUCUUUGACGGUUUACCAAAAGUAACCAGAGUGGAUCUCUCCAACAACCGUAUUUCAUCUCUACAACCAGACCAGUUCCGGGAGCUUUCCAGGUUAAAAGACUUGAAACUGGACGGGAACCAGUUGGUUAAGCUUCCCUCAAAUCUUUUCACUGCUCUUGGGAAACUUGUGACUCUGGAUCUGGGCCACAAUAAUCUUUUGGAGUUGUCCUCAGACACCUUCAAAGGGUUGAUCCACCUUAAGAACCUGAUUCUGAGCUUCAACUCGCUCCACAGCGUCCACUACAACGCCUUCCAGGAUCUGGGCAGCCUCCACACGCUGCUGCUGCAGAACAACAGCCUGGAGAGUUUACCCCCCGACCUCUUCCACCCGCUGCCAAAGCUCAGGGAGCUGAACCUGGACGGAAACCAGCUGGGUCGCCUCAAUCCUCGCCUGUUUCAGAGGCUUAAAGACCUCCAGGAGUUGAGCCUGAAGUCCAACGGGCUCCAGUCUUUGGAGACGAAGACGCUGAAGCCUCUAAAGAAGCUUACACUCAUCUACCUCUCUGAUAACAUGUGGAACUGUACAAGUGUUGAUAUUUUCUACUUGUGCAACUGGAUUAAGGUGAAUACAGAAAAACUAAACGAUAAGCCAGUCUGCUACUUCCCGUCUGAAUCAGAGUCGCCCCUCUUGUUACUGGAUCACUGCGCUGCCGCUGCGCGCUGCCCGCCUUCGCUUCCUCUACAAGUGCUGAGCGUCCUGACGCCUUCUCUCAUCGCUGUAGCCCACAGCUUCCUCUGAAGAGUUUCACGCUUCCUGUACGUCCUUUAGCUUUAUUCGUCUGCACUCCAAGAUCAAACGGCGCAGGCAAGAAGAUCUGAGCAAAUCCAACUAAAACUCAAAGAACGCAACGGCUACAGCCUCACAGUCCGUCACAUUCAAAGGGCUUCACUUGACCGAUCAACUGCAAGUGGCGGAAAUUUGGGCUUCUGUCGGUAGAAAAACAGGAGAGAGUUUCACAUUUGGGCCGUGCCGUGAAGGCGUAGCAGGUAGCGCGACUCGUGUUUGGAGGCCCUGAGUCCUAGACGCAGUGGUCACAGGUUCGACUCCCAGACCCGACAAUAUUUGCCGCAUGUCUUCACCCCUUUCCUGUCAACCUACUUUCAUAUAAGGGACACUAGAGCCCACAAAAAAGACCCCCUGCAGGGGUAACAAAAAAAACAAAAACAAAAGUUGCACAUUUGCCAGAUAAAAUUCUGAAUUUUUUAGAAUAAACUUGAAAAGUUUAAUCUCUCCAAAAGUUUUCUAAGAAAAGGAAAAACUGAAAUUUUCUUGAAAAUUCAAGGAAAAUUGCUUAAAAAUAAAAAACAGAAAUUGAGAUGAAUCUAAACCUUUAAGUUUUGUAACAAAUAACUUCUGAGAUUAACUUCUUUGAUUUUCUUGUCAAAUUUCUGAGUCUUUUCCAGGUAAACUUGUAACUUCUCCAACACAGAAAUGUCCUUUCUAUGGAAUUCUGAGAUUAAUCUAAAAAUUUGAGCUUUUUUCUAGUAAUUUUUUGACUUUUCACAUUCAGACAUUUUCAGGGGCUUUUGUCCUAGAAAAUUUCCACUUCUCUAGAAAAUUACUGAGUAUUUUUGGUUAAAAUUUCUUCCUUCGUUGUCUGAACUCCAAGAUCAAACAGCUGUGCAACUUUUAGUCGGAUCUGAGCAAAUCCAACUAAAACUCAAAUGUUCCUCCAUUUGUUGUUUCUUUAAAAUAUUAGUUUUUCUUCAAUCUUAUGUUCGGCAGUUUGUUUUGAUUGUACAUGAUUUUUAUUAGUAACAUAAAAAGAUUAGUUUGUCACUAAUCAUUUCUGUACCAAAUAAACUUGAAUGAAUGAAACUUCUCUUUUUUCUCCAAUCAUGAAUCAUUUUGUCUCUGCGGAUUAAAAUCAGGUAAAAUCAAAAUUUAAGGAAAUUAGUUUGAGAAAAAAUGUUAUGCUUUUUUUCAUCAUAAAAGCCAUUCAAUGUUUGUUGAAGGUUCUGAACUCAGAUUAACACAAUCAGUUUCCUCUACAAGCAGAUGCAGAUGGAAAAAGAUUAAAUUAUUAUUGUGAAAAGUUGUACAUGUCAGACACAACUUCCCAUUCCAGGAAAACUGUUUAUCUACCGCUAUGCUAACUAGCCUUAGCAUUCACAACGGCCUCUGUGGUGGAGAAAGAGCUGUAGCUUAGCACAAAGCAAGCAAGAUGGUGUGAUCAGCGUGUACACAUGGGUGAUUGACAUUACUAAGAUCCUCCUCCUGUACCUUGUUCUAUAGAUUUCUGCUAAUUAUUUAUUUCAUCUAUAA